GUUGUCCACUAAGAAAGAACAGAGAUGCUUCGAGCAUGACAUGAUGUUGGGGCGCAAUGUCUCCUUCCUUCCCAAGCCCCCCACUAACUUACCUUCAAACUCAACUCUCCUCCAAUACUUGCUCGGCAGAACCAGGAAAAGGGAUUUUCGUAUGGCUGAGACCGCGCAUGCGACGGCGAAGAGGAUGGUGGAGGUGCUGGGUUCGGAGGAGGAAUUGGCGGCGGCUCUGGCCGAGUACGUUGCCGAUCUCUCCGAUAAGUUUGUCCGAGAGAGAGGUCUCUUCACCGUCGUACUCUCCGGAGGCUAUCUCAUCGACCUCCUCAGGAAACUGGCGGAGCCACCGUACGCGGAAUCGGUCGAGUGGUCGAAAUGGCAUGUCUUUUGGUUAGACGAAAGGGUGGUUCCUAAGACUCAUCCUGACAGUAACUACAAGCUUGCCUGUGAUGGUUUGCUCUCCAAGGUACCGAUCGCUCCUGAAAAUGUUUACGCCAUUAACGAUACGCUGUCAGCUGAAGGUGCGGCGGACGAUUAUGAGGCAUGUAUAAGGUACUUAGUCCAGAGCGGCGUGGUAGCAUCAUCGGCUGCUAGCAAGUUCCCAAAGUUCGAUUUGAUGCUGCUCGGCAUGGGACCCGAUGGUCACGUGGCAUCUCUCUUUCCAGGGCAUCCUCUCCUUGACGAGAAAGAGAGGUGGGUCACUUUCAUCAAGGACUCGCCGAAACCGCCUCCGCAACGAAUAACUCUCACUUUCCCAGUGAUCAAUUCAUCAGAGUACAUUGCUCUCGUGGUUGCCGGGACUGGCGAAGUGGAUGCUGUGCACACUGCAUUAGGGAACAGUGGGGAUGCCAAGAAGUUACCGGCGCAAAUGGUGUCGUCCGAGGGGGAGUUAACUUGGUUUCUGGACAAGGCUGCCGCUUCUAAACUUUAGAGAUUGGCGUGUUUGCUAUUAUCUGUGUCUGAUGCAUGUAAGUUGCUUGGCUUGAUCAGUAAAGUAGCUUUAUUCAUGUGCUGAUGCAUUCCAAGUAGUUUGUUAAGUAUUUACAAUCUAACCUCCCUCUUUUGAAUAAGUCUGUGCUUUUAAGA